AAUGCAUUUUAAAGAUUUUAGAAAAUAAAAUAUAUGGCAGUCUAUGUCAGUAUAUUUCCUUUCAUCAGGUUUUUGGGUCCUGUUGCUGAUGAAUCUGAGUUUACAUGAACUAGGAGACACACGAGUGAAUCAGAUCACUGCUUUACUGCAGGAUAAACACUGUAAACUCAACACACUGAUGCUGUGUGAUUGUGGUUUAACAGAGGAAAGCUGUUCAGCUCUUGCUACAGUGCUGAGAUCAAACUCAACUCUGAAAGAACUUGAUUUAAGCAACAAUAAUCUGCAAGAUUCAGGAGUGAAGAAACUCCAAAAUGGAUUAGAAGAUACAAACUGCACACUGGAGAACCUCAGACUUUCAAACUGUGGUAUUUCUGAAGAAGGUUAUAAAGCUCUGGCUUCUGCUUUGAGAUCAAACCCGUCACACUUGACAAAGCUGGAUCUCACAGGAAAUGAUCCUGGACAAUCAGGAGUGAAGGAGCUCAGUGAUUUACUACAGGAUCCAAAGUGUCAACUGAAGACACUGAGAUUUUUGAGUCUUGCUGCAGAUGAAGCCUGCCAGUUUUUGACUGCAGUUAUGUGUAAAAACCCGUUACUCCUGAGAGAGCUUAAUCUGAGUGAACGUGAACUAGGAGACACAAGAGUGAUUCAGAUUGCUGCUCUUCUCCAGGAUAAACACUGUAAACUCAGCACACUUAUUUUGUGUAGAUGCAGUAUUACAGAGAAACAAUGUAUCAUUCUGACUUCAGCUCUGAAAUUAAAUCCAUCUCUCUUGAGAGAGCUGGAACUCAGUAAGAAUGAGCUAAAAAACAUAGGAGUGAAUCACUUAUGUGACGUACUGAAGGACUCACACUGUAAACUGGAGACAUUGAGGUGAGGAACAUUCACAUGCGAGAAUCAUCGGGUGCAAAAUUUACACAAUCAAACUGCUGUUCGGACCCAAAUGAAAUAAUAUGAAGGCAGUCUAGUGUGGGCAUGGAGAGCAAUCAAACUUGGGUUUGGACCAGGCAAGCAAACCAAGAGUGAAAGCAUCCUUAAUGUCACUUGAACACUCUAAAGUAAAAAGUUUUUUACACUUGCAAAAAUGUAGCUGAUUGAUGAUUUAAGAUUUAUAUUCAUAAUUUACAUACAAGAUUAAAACUAUUUACAUGCUGUUUUCUAAUAUCUUUAUUGCAUUAUAGUAGUAUAUGUUUAACGCUCUGGAGUCGAUUCACACAUAUACGGGUGAUGAGGCAUUUUCUCCUGAUAACCCCCGAAAAUAACUUAAAUUACACUUUAACUUUUAAUCGUACAGA